AACAAAUAACUAUAUAGUCGGGGAACUGAGCGAUCGCCAGAUCAGUUUGCUGCACAAGAUGAAAUCGGUUACGUUCGUACUCUGCCUGAUAGUUCUUGGCGCCCACUCGCUCGUCGUUUUCGGCGCGGACUGCGAGAUCGGCGGCCAGAAGCUGAAGACUGGAGAGACAUAUAGCCCGCAAGGACGCUGUUUGCAGUACACCUGCCAGGGGCCCAAGAAACUUUCCGCCCUGACAUGCCCUUCGGUGGCCACUUUGAAGCCCUGCAAAAUGCAGGAGGAUCUGAGCAAGCCCUAUCCCGGCUGCUGUCCCAGGUUCGAUUGCUAGAAACUGCUCCUGCAAAUGGAAAUAACAAUUAAACAAACUAUAAAUACAAAUCAUAAAUUUAAAAACAAACUUAGAACUAAAAUAACCGACUGUUUUUUGAAAAUAUAACAUUGACCUGGCGAAAUAA